GGGUACGCCGGUAUGAAAACCCAUGCACUCCCAUCGAGGACAAGUCAUGUAGUUAGCUCUUAGCUACACUGACAGGAAUUCUGCGGGCUGAGUGUCACGGUUUAUAUUGGAAUGCUACGUCAGUUAGCUUGCUAUUCAACGGCUUUUCUUCCGUUGCGCAACAGCUAACGUUAAACGGUUUCCAUCGAACGCAUAUCCCCUUGAAUUGCUGGUUGGCUAGCUAGCUAGCUAGUUUGGAUUUCCCCGGAAGUGAGGUGGCCACUUGGAGGAGCAAGCCAAAGAUAAACACGUAUCAGAGAGACUCAGGUAGGCGUCUUUGGGGGCAUCAAUGUUAGUGAACUAGACAGAGAAAUGCUCGAAGAAUGGAAACGUAAUUGGUCGUGAUAUAGUUGAGGGAGCUGAUACAUCUUGUAAUCAGAGUAAACACCCCCAAAUCAAGGCGUUGGAACAAGCUCAGCAAAGUGCAUUCCGUGGCGAAAACGUCAUCGAAUCCGUGAGUAGCUAACGUUAGCUAGCUAGCUAGCUAGGUAGUUGUCCAAAUUAGUUUCGCACUACAGUAACAGUAGUACAGCUAACUAACGUUAGGUAGUUAGCUAAACUAGCUGGAUAUGCAGAGAAAGAACAGUCCCUUCCAGGCCAGAUUAGCUAACACACCCCUUCAACUAUAAUAUUGCAUUGUUAACUAGCUAGCUAACUAAGGAUUAGCUUUAUGUGGCUGAGUUGAAUAGGGUGUUAGCAAAAUGUCAAACUAGGCAAGCUGUCUUGUUAGCUAUCUUAUUGACUUGCCAUCCGAUACAUCUACCUAGCUUGAUAGAUACAAUUUGGCAUUUCAACAAUGCAGGUUUAGUUUGAGCGAAAUGAAGGCUAAAUCAAAUUGAGUGAAGAUGUCUUUUUGUUGAUGUCAGUGUCAAUCUAGUUCAAACAUUGCUCUCUGUUUACACUUGCCCCUAGGCAGCUGUCAACAUGCAUGUAUAUAUUCACUGGCUGUUAGCUAUCUAGUGAGUUAUAAGGAAACAAUUGGAUACCUUCCAAAUUGGAUUGUCCAACAGCCAGGAUUAUGAAAUUACAAGGUCCUAACCUGCUCUACAUUCCGAUUGCGUUGCCCUGUCUUGCUACCACACAUUUUACAUUUUUAGUCAUUUAGCAGACGCUCUUAUCCAGAGCGACUUACAUGAGCAAUUAGGGUUAAGUGCCUUGCUCAAGGGCACAUCGACAGAUUUUUCACCUAGUCGGCUCGGGGAUUAGAACCAGCGACCUUUCGGUUACUGGCACAACGCUCUUAACCACUAAGCUACCUGCCGCUCAGUCAGGCACUAUCUACCAAACAGCUGUAGAUUACUGCCUGACUGUGUUGCCCCUGUCUUCCUACCACACAGCUGUAGAUACUGCCUGCACCAUGGUGCGUGCGGCCCUGGUGACUGCCACCAGUCUGGCUCUGACUGGCGCAGUGGUUUCCCAUGCCUACUUGCUCAAACACCAGUUCUACCCCACUGUGGUCUACCUCACCAAGAGCAGCCCCAGUAUGGCGGUGAGUACACACACCGUUCUCUACAUCCCCUUUGAUAUGUUUAUCAGAUGUGUGGUCUGUAACGUGGCUUUCCCUCCCUCCCCCUCUAUGCGGCAGGUGUUGUACAUCCAGGCGUUUGUGUUGGUGUUCCUGUUGGGAAAGUUCAUGCGUAAAGUCUUCUUCGGACAGCUGAGAGCUGCAGAGAUGGAGGUAUGGACCAAUCCAUAUGUUAUUUCAGUGUUUGUUUACUCCUGUUUGGUUUACUAGAGUACCAGAUCUGUAUUGCUCAAUAACUACCACUGGUCUUCUAUGUAAUGUAAUGCCGUUGUUGCUUAGGCCUGUGUUGCAACCAUUAUACCCUCUUCACAAGCCAAGCUGUACUGCGCUGUCUCGAUUACACAUCCACCAUAUUUGCUAGACUCAUGCUGGAAAGGAAAAUCUGAAAAUAAAAUAUCAAAGCCAGUACAGGUUGGGUCAGUAUGAUAAGUGUAUAAAGUUUAUAACUAAUAUUCAACUUCCUCUCCCUUCAGCACCUGAUCGAGCGGUCCUGGUAUGCUGUCACAGAGACGUGUCUGGCCUUCACAGUGUUCAGAGAUGACUUCUCUCCCCGCUUCGUAGCACUCUUCACCCUGCUGCUCUUCAUCAAGUGCUUCCACUGGCUGGCUGAGGACAGGGUGGACUUUGUGAGACGCUGUUACAUGUUAAAAAACACAUUUGUAUAGAUAUUUCACAUAGUUAAGCCAUUUAGUUACUAUACAACAAACAUGUUUACCAUCCAUAAAGUGGCAAUGAAUGUGAAAGGAAAGCAAGUGUCUGUCUGUUCUUAUGGUAUUUUCCAAACCUUCUCACUCAGAUGGAGCGAAGUCCUAAUAUAUCCUGGCUCUUCCACUUCAGGGUGUUAUGUGAGUAUGGGUUAUAUCUUUUCAAUGUGUUAAAGGCCCACUCAGUGAUAUACAAUAUCUUGUAAUGGGCUCUUCAGUGGUAUACGUUUACAUUACAGUAUGGGUUAUAUAAUCUUUGAAUAGACCCUACAGUGUAUAUCAGGACUGUAAUCUUUACUACUUUCUGGAGUGCUACUGAUUUAUUCACAGAUAUGUGAAACUGGGGUUUUCAGGACCAAGUGUGUUUCUUAAAUUACAGCUGUAUGCAAAUAUCAGACUACUGCACCUGGUCCUGGAUGCACACCAGUAAAACGAAACAUCGACCUUGACGCUUGAUUACAUUUACAUUUUCGGCAUUUAGCAGACGCUCUUAUCCAGAGCGACGUACAAAUAGGUGCAUUCACCUUAUUUUGUUAAAUAUAUUUUUUAGUUAUUUUAUAUAUUUUUUAUUUGUUAGAAUUUUUUAUUUUAUUAUUUUGGGGUGGGGUAAGGGGGGGGGGGGGGGGGGGGGGGGUAGAAGGAUUACUUCAUCCUAUCCCAGGUAUUCCUUAAAGAGGUGGGGUUUCAAGUGUCUCCGGAAGGUGGUGAGGCUCUUUGCACUCUGGGAGGAGGACACAACGGAGUUGUCAACCGUGAUGGCGAGAUCAUGGAACGGGCAGUCCUUCCCCGGGAGGAAGAGCAGCUCCGUCUUGCCGAGGUUCAGCUUGAGUUGGUGAUCCGUCAUCCAUACUGAUAUGUCUGCCAGACAUGCAGAGAUGCGAUUCGCCACCUGGUUAUCAGAAGGGGGAAAGGAGAAGAUUAAUUGUGUGUCAUCUGCGUAGCAAUGAUAGGAGAGGCCAUGUGAGGAUAUGACAGAGCCAAGUGACUUGGUGUAUAGUGAGAAUAGGAGAGGGCCUAGAACUGAGCCCUGGGGGACACCAGUGGUGAGAGCACGUGGUGCGGAGACAGAUUCUCGCCACGCCACCUGGUAGGAGCGACCUGUCAGGUAGGACGCAAUCCAAGAGUGAUAACGCAACUGGCAUAUCUGGGCAAGAACGUCUAGACCUAUACUAGUGUUUAGUCAAAAUGACUGGUAGGAGUGAAGAGAUCUAAAUCAUUGCGUCUCUCUCUCAUAGCUCUGAUGGUGUUGCUGGGAGUUCUGGACUUCCUGUUCGUCAACCAUGCCUGUCACAGUAUCAUCACACGGGGGGCCUCUGUCCAACUGGUCUUUGGAUUUGAGGUUUGUAAAACUACACAUUUUUUGAAUUUCAGUCAUGUGACGCUUUAUUCAUAUAUGCCUGCCGCAUUUCUUUUUGAAGUAAUAUUCGUUGUCUUGAUGAAUCUAAGCAGUUGGUAAUAAUUCGGCACACUUCUGAAAUACCUAAAUAAUAACUGUAGUUGUUCCUCUGGUUGUUUAGUACGCCAUCCUGAUGACUAUGGUGCUCACCACCUUCAUCAAGUACACCCUCCACACUGUCCACCUCCAGAGUGACAGCCCCUGGGACAACAAAGCAGUCUACAUGCUGUACACUGAGCUCUUCACUGGUAGGAUACCUUUAUCACUAAAGAUCCUCUUUACACUGAGCUCUUCACUGGUAUGAUACCUUUAUCACUAAAGAUCCUCUUUACACUGAGCUCUUCACUGGUAGGAUACCUUUAUCACUAAAGAUCCUCUUUACACUGAGCUCUUCACUGGUAUGAUACCUUUAUCACUAAAGAUCCUCUUUACACUGAGCUCUUCACUGGUAUGAUACCUUUAUCCAAAGAUCCUCUUUACACUGAGCUCUUCACUGGUAGGAUACCUUUAUCACUAAAGAUCCUCUUUACACUGAGCUCUUCACUGGUAAAGAUACCUUUAUCACAAAGAUCCUCUUUACACUGAGCUUUUCCUGGUAUGAUACCUUUAUCCUAAAGAUCCUCUUUACCGGAGCUCUUCACUGGUAGGAAUUUCCUUUAUCACUAAAGUCGCUGUACACUGAGCUCUUCACUGGUACGAUACCUUUUUCACUAAAGAUCCUCUUUACACUGAGCUCUUACUGGUAUGAUACCUUUAUCACUAAAGAUCCCUCUUUUCACUGAGCUCUUCACUGGUAUGAUACCUUUAUCACUAAAGAUCCUCUUUUCCUGAGCUCUUCACUGGUAUGAUACCUUUUUUCACCUAAGAUCCUCUUUUCCAAAAGGAGCUUUCCACUGUAGGAUACCUUUAUCACUAAAGAUAAAGCUGUACACUGAGCUCUUCACUGUACGAUACCUUUAUCACUAAGAUCCUCUUUAAAACUGAGCUCUUCCCCUGGUAUGAUACCUUAUCACUAAAGAUCCUCUUUCACACUGAGCUCUUCACUGGGAGGAUACCUUUAUCACUAAAGAUCCUCUUUCCACCCGAGUCUCUUCACGGUAUAUACCUUUAAACACUAAAUUACUCUUUACAACGGGGCUCUUCACUGGUAUGAUCCCUUUUUCACUAAAGAUCCUCUUUACACGGAGCUCUUCCUGGUAUAUACCUUUAUCACUAAAGAUUUCCCCUUUUCAACUGAGCUCUCACUGGGAUGAUACCUUUAUCACUAAAGAUCCUCUUUACACUGAGCUCUUCACUGGUAUGAUACCUUUAUCACUAAAGUCCCCCUUUACACUGAGUCUCACUGGUAGGGUACCUUUAUCACUAAAGAUCCUCUUUACACUGAGCUCUUCACUGGUAUGAUACCUUACACUAAAGAUCCUCUUUACAACUGAGCUCUUCACUGGUAUGAUACCUUUAUCCUAAGAUCCUUUUACACUGAGCUCUUCACUGGUAGAAUACCUUUUAUAUCACUGUAUAUGUCCACCUAAAUCCUCUUCACUGGUUAUGGAUACCUUUAUCACUAAAGAUCCUCUUUACACUGAGCUCUUCACUGGUAGAUACCUUUAUCACUAAAGAUACUUACUGUUUACACUGAAGCUCUUCACUGGUAUGAAUACCUUUAUCACUAAAAUGAUCUCAUGUUGUACAUCACUAAAGAUCUCUUUCCUGGAUAUACCUUACACUGAGCUCUUGCGCUGGUAGAGACCCUUUAUCACUAAAGAUCCUCUUUACACUGAGCUCUUCACUGGUAUGAUACCUUUAUCACUAAAGAUACUCUACACAUACUGUACAACUUUAAAGGUCCAGUUUAUUGGAUCCACAUUAAGCCACAUUUCUUAGAAUGAAAAUCAUGCUAUUUUAGUCCAGGACUAGGGUUGUUUUGGGUCCAGGAAACUGGUCCUGUAUAUACUGAAGUGGGAUGUUUUAAGACAUUAAAAUCUCCCCACUCUUCCCUCCCAGGUUUCAUCAAGGUCCUCCUGUAUAUGGCGUUCAUGACCAUCAUGAUAAAGGUGCACACCUUCCCCCUAUUCGCCAUCCGGCCCAUGUACCUGGCUAUGAGGUGAGCAACACAGCUACUCUGAACCCUAGAAUAAAGAUGCCACUCUAAAUUCAUGGACCUAGUCUGAACCAAGGGCUCUCUGAAGACCCCGUAUGUUAUCCGGCCAACAGAUUGUCUUCUCUAUUGUUUAGUUUUAAUUAGAGGCAGAUGUGUAACCAUUAGAACACUUGAAUUUCUGGAUUCUGUUCUUUAGGCAGUUCAAGAAAGCCGUAACGGAUGCAAUAAUGUCCCGGCGAGCCAUCCGCAACAUGAAUACACUGUGAGUGUGCAAUGCAUCCGGUUAUUUUGUGUAUCCACAAUGAAAAAAAAUCGUUCCUCUUACCAUAUUCAUCAUUUAGGAUGAAUAACAUUGACUAAACAUCAGUGGACUAGUCAAUGAUCAAUGAACUCUAUUUGUAUCUCUGCAGUUACCCAGAUGCCACUCCUGAAGAUCUGCUGGCUUCAGACAAUGUGUGUAUCAUCUGUCGUGAAGAGAUGGUGACUGGAGCCAAGAAACUUCCCUGCAACCAUAUCUUCCACUCAAGGUAUUUUAUGGAUACAUCUACGCUAUACUUAUUUUAGACAGAACAUUAUCAGAAAGUAGAAAAUAAGAUAAGAAAAUGUUUUUUUUUUUUUAAAUAUUUGACUAGUCAUAUGAAUACAUUUCAUCACCAUUCCUAUCCCGUUUAUUGUUUGGGCUGAUCCUGUUGGUUUUCUGCUGUUUAAGUCACCAACUCGGUGUAGCUAACUAACCUUUUCCUUCAUUUUGUAUCUCAAGUUGCCUUCGCUCCUGGUUCCAGAGACAGCAGACGUGUCCUACAUGUCGUAUGGAUGUCCUCCGGGCCUCUAACCCCAACCAGCCCCCUGCCCCAGCCCCUGCCCAGCCCCCUGCUCCAGCAGCACCAGCCAACGCCCCUGUCCCUGGUCCACCUGGGAACGGUGGGUAGCGCCACACAGAGCAACACGUUCAUUGUCUAACAUCAAAUAUAGGUUCAUGAAGUUACUAGAUAUCUUAUAAUAUAAUAUAAUAUAAUAUGCCAUUUAGCAGACGCUUUUAUCCAAAGCGACUUACAGUCAUGCGUGCAUACAUUUUUUGUGUAUGGGUGGUCCCGGGGAUCGAACCCACUACUUUGGCGUUACAAGCGCCGUGCUCUACCAGUUGAGCUACAGAGGACCAUAUCUGAUAGGAACCUAGUAAUGGUUUCAUGAAGUUACUAGAUAUCUGAUAGGAACCUAGUAAUGGUUUCAUGAAGUUACUAGAUAUAAACUGGGUUGACUCCCAAGCAGCUGACUGACACGAGUCUCCCUCUUGUCUCCUUUAGUUGGCCCAGGAAUGAUGCCCCACUUCCCCCCAGGGCUGUUUCCUUUCUGGGGCCCCUUCCCUGGAGCGGCCCCCCCUGCUGGUGCCCCAGAGGCAGCUCAGACUCAGGGAGCUGGUGAGUCUCAUUUCUACUCUCUGGUACUUAAGACAGGCAUUUGUCAAAAUGUCAAUCUUUUCUGAAUGGGAGGGUAGACUCAGGCCAACCUCCACAUUCUAGUGUAAUAGCUAGCUAUUAACCAAUUAAAGAGGUAAUUUCCCGGACCUAGAUGACGAAAUGGCACGUUCAAUAGAGAUUUUCAAUUGAGCAUGCUUUUUGGUCCAGGAGUAUGUUUCCUCUGGGUCUGGGGGACCAGCCCUAAAGUGUCUGUCCUAACAUUCUGUGAACAUUAAGUCAUCAUUUCUCCUUGUGUGAAUCAGGCACCAGUCAGUCCGCUGGGGCCAGUACAGUCGGUGCUGCUCCGGCUCCAGGAGGCCCUAUGCCUGGGUCCCCUUUCCCCUCCUUCCCACCCCCACUGUUCCCCUCAGCUCCGUGGCUGACUAUGCCACCACCUCCACCGUUUGGUAAGAGCUGGAGUCAUUCCCACUUACACCUUCACUUAUAAAGGAAGCCUCCAUCAUGAUGUACUGUAGAUGGGCCACAAUUUUUCAACAUUUCAAGCAACAAGUUUGUUGUUAUUUACCAAGUUGCCGAGGGAUGGCUGUUGCCGAGGGAUGGCUGUUGCCGAGGGAUGGCUGUUGCCGAGGGAGGGCUGUUGCCGAGGGCUGAGAUGUUCACAAAUCUGUAUUAAGGCAGGCAUCUUGAAUAACCUUGUUACUCUGUGUGUUCCGGCCCAGUGUCAGCCAUGCCCCCUCCUCCCCCGGCCCUGUCCACCAUGUCAGAGGCUGAGCUGACGGAGCUGGAGCAGGAGGGCCGUAGGGGCCUGGAGGCCAGACUGCAGUGUCUCCACAACAUCCACACUCUACUGGACGCUGCCAUGCUCAACAUCCACCAUUACCUCACUACCGUCGCCACACUCACGUAAUGAUGCCUUGUUUCAUUUUUAUGUGGGGAAAACCACAUCUUUAGUGUGUCAACAUUUUCCAUUUAUUGUUUUAGCAAUAUGAUAAUUAUACUACUCCUUUCCUCCUCAGUCCUCCUCGGUCAGAAAACAGCAGCGCUGCUGGCGAGGCCAGUGGAUUAUCUCCUUCCUCCACUAGUGCAGAAACCCAGGAGAAUGACUCUCAGAACAGCACAGGUAAGUCUCAACUAGUGCAGAAACCCAGGAGAAUGACUCUCAGAACAGCACAGGUACAGUGCAUUCGGAAAGUGUUCAGACCACUUGCCCUUUUCCACAUUUUGUUACGUUAGCCUUAUCCUAAAAUUGAUUAUAUUAAAACAUUUUCCACCUCAAUCUACACACAAUACCCCAUAAUGACAAAGCGAAAACAGGUUUUUAGAAAAUUUUGCUAAUUUAUAAAACCUAAAAAACAGAUACCUUAUUUACAUAAGUAUUCAGUCCCUUUGCUAUGAGACUUGAAAUUGAGCUCAGGUGCAUCCUGUUUCCAUUGAUCAUCCUUGAGAACCACCAAGACUUCCUAGAGCUGGCCGCCCGGCCAAACUGAGCAAUCGGGGGAGAAGGGCCCGAAGGUCACUCUGACAGAGCUCCAGAGUUCCUCUGUGGAGAUGGGAGAACCUUCCAGAAGGACAACCAUCUCUGCAGCACUCCACCAAUCAGGCCUUUAUGGUAGAGUGGCCAGACGGAAGCCACUCCUCAGUAAAAGGCAGUCUUGAAGGAGUUCCCACAUAUGCUGAGCACUUGUUGGCUGCCUUUCUUUCACUCUGCGGUCCAACUCAUCCCAAACCAUCUCAAUUGGGUUGAGGUAGGGUGAUUGUGGAGGCCAGGUCAUCUGAUGCAGCACUCCAUCACUCUCCUUGGUCAAAUAGCUCUUACACAUUCUGAAGGUGUGUUUUGGGUCAUUGUCCUGUUGAAAAACAAAUGAUAGUCCCACUAAGCGCAAACCAGAUGGGAUGGCGUAUCGCUGCAGAAUGCUGUGGUAGCCAUGCUAGUGUGCCUUGAAUUCUAAAUAAAUCACCAACAGUGUCACCAGCAAAGCACCAUCACACCACCUCCUCCAUGCUUAUUUAAGCUGUUCUUGCCAUAAUAUGGACUUGGUCUUUUACCAAAUAGGGCUAUCUUCUGUAUACCCCCCCUACCUUGUCACAACACAACUGAUUGGCUCAAACGCAUUAAGAAGAAAGAAAUUCCACAAAUUAACUUUUAAGAAGGCACACCUGUUAAUUGAAAUGCAUUCCAGGUGACUACCUCAUGAAGCUGGUUGAGAGAAUGCCAAGAGUGUGCAAAGCUGUCAUCAAGGCAAAGGGUGGCUAUUUGAAGAAUCUCAAAUAUAAAAUAUAUUUUGAUUUGUUUAACACUUUUUUUUUGGUUACUACAUGAUUCCAUUUGUGUUAUUUCAUAGUUGUGAUGUCUUCACUUUUAUUCUACAGUGUAGAAAAUAGUAAAAAUAAAGAAUAACCCUGGAAUGAGUAGGUGUGUCCAAACCUUUGACUGGUACUGUACAUUUGUAAACAGUGUUAAAAACCUAUUUUUGCUUUGUCAUUAUGGGGUAUUGUGUGUAGAUUGAGGAAAAACAUUUAUUUAAUCAAUUUUAGAAGAAGGCUGUAACUUAACAAAAUGUAGAAAAAGUCAAGGGGUCUGAAUACUUUCUGAAUGCACUGUAAGUCUCCACUAGUGCAGAAACCCAGGAGAAUGACUCUCAGAACAGUACAGUUAAGUCUUCCUAUUGACUGACUGACAUUGUGAAGUGAAACAGAAUCAUUCCGUUAGGAAUCCGGACUAGCCGUUAGUGGGACUGUGAAGCGGCAUGUUUUACACUGUAGACACACAUUUUCUCACUUGUUUCUCUCCUCUGUCUCUUCUUUCCAGCUGCUGAACCAGAAGCUGUGAACGGGGCGACAGGUUUCUCCCAGCCAGACUCUACCACGUUGGGCGACAGUGAAGACAAGCGGGAUGGAGAGGAAGUCGGGGAAGAUGGAGAGGAAGUCGGGGAAGAUGGAGACCCCAACCCUUCAGAGCUGAGGCGCCGUCGUCUCCGCAAACUCGAGACCACACCCCCUCCUCCUGACCACUAA